GUAAGGUGAAGGUGCCCAGCAGGCUGAGGCUUGUGUGCAACCCACAAGAGAGCUCGUUAAUACCAGCAAGAAGGUUCAGAACAGCCUGGCUUUGGAAAGGAAUUUCAUCCUGCCUACACACUGCAUAGCAGGAGGGAAGCAUGUCUACUUUAUCCAAUUUCACACAGACGCUGGAAGACGUCUUCCAAAGGAUUUUUAUUACUUAUAUGGACAAUUGGCGCCGGAACACGACAGCUGAGCAAGAGGCCCUCCAAGCCAAAGUUGAUGCUGAGAACUUCUACUAUGUCAUCCUGUACCUCAUGGUGAUGAUUGGAAUGUUCUCUUUCAUUAUCGUGGCCAUCCUGGUGAGCACCGUGAAAUCCAAGAGACAGGAACACUCCAAUGACCCCUACCACCAGUACAUUGUAGAGGACUGGCAGGAAAAGUACAAGAGCCAAAUCUUGAAUCUAGAAGAAUCAAAGGCCACCAUCCAUGAGAAUACUGGUGCAACUGGGUUCAAAAUGUCCCCUGAUAAGGGAGAAAGGCGCCAAGCCAACAUCUGACAUCCAGACACGAAGAGAUGCCAGUGCCACGAGGCUAAUCCAAAUUGUCAUUGCUUAGAAGAAAGCGAGUUCCUUGCUCUCUGUUGAGAAUUUUCAUGGAGAUUAUGUGGUUGGCCAAUAAGGAUAGAUGACAUUUCAAUCUCAGUGAUUUAUGCUUGCUUGUUGGAGCAAUAGUUUGUGCUGAAGACCUCUUUUGCUUUCUGGGCAAGUAAAUGUCAUUUUAAUCAAUAUCAGUGGUGAAAAUAAAGUCAAAUUUGAAG